CCUUGCUUUGGAGGAAAAAAAAACAAACCCCAAAAGCCCAAGCGAGGCCGAGCGACGCUGCGCACGCGGCGUCAUGCCGGCCUAGUCUCCUUAGAGAACCCGGCCUUGUUUCCGCGCCUGCGCUCUGCGAGGUUGGUCUUUGGUGGGGGGCCGCUCGCCUGGUGGGCCCGGCGGCGGGUGAGGUGAGUGGCUGAAACAAUGGAGGAAAACAAGGAUGGCGUCCACUCGGUGGAUCCAGAAGGUACCACUCCGGAAUCGGCGGUCCAAACCGGAGAAACAAAUGCAGAGAACCCUUCCGAUACUUCCAACAUGUACAGGUACAUUAAAGAGGACUUGUUCACUUCAGAGAUCUAUAAGGUCGAACUCCAGAAUCUCCCCAGAUACGUCGGCUUUAACGAAGUCAAGAAAUUCCUUGCCAAAUACGGCCUCAACCCGCACAAGAUAAAACUGAUGGGGAGGCAGACCUUUGCCUUCGUCACCUUCAAGAGCGAGGAAGAAAGGGACAAAGCGAUGAAAGUUCUCCACGGCGUCCGGUGGAAGAACCGGAACCUGAGCGUCCGUUUGGCCAAACCAAAAGCGGAUCCCAUUUUGAAGAAGAGGAAAAGAGAGGAAGGCGCCGAAGAGGUGCCAGCCAAGCACCUGGCUUCUUCCAAAGACGGCGAGGAGGAGCCUCUAAGCAAGCAGAUAGCGGAUGUGGUGACUCCUUUGUGGACCAUUCCCUACGAAGAGCAGCUGGUGAAGAAGAAGCAGCAGUGUGAAGAAGUCUUGGCCAAACUGACCAGGGACAUGGGAAACAACAACCGAGCGCUGCUCCCGUGGCUGUUCCUGCAAAAGGAGAAGCACGAUGGGCUUUGUUGCUCCUUGGAGGGAGUGAAGCCAUCCCCAAUACAGACCGAGUACCGCAACAAAUGUGAAUUUUUGAUUGGCUUAGGCCCAAAUGGAGAAGAAAAAAUGGUUGGCUUCCGGCUGGGCAAAUACAAGGGGGGUUCCUGUGCUGUUGUGGAACCCUUUGAGACCAUCCACGUCCCCGCCGAGGCGAAGAAGGUGGCCAGGGCUUUCCAGGAGUAUAUACGGUCAACCUCUUAUGGCGUUUAUAGCCCAGAAACCUACGAAGGUCACUGGAAACAGCUAACUGUUCGUACUAGCUCGAAUGGCCACAUCAUGGCAAUUGCCUAUUUUAACCCACAGAAAUUAAGCAAAGAAGAACGUGCUACAUUGGAGACCUCAAUGGCUACAUACUUCACAGAAGGUCCUGGGAAAGACAGCGGAAUAACAUCUUUAUAUUUUGUAGAAGAAGGCCAGAGAAAAACCCCGAAUCGUGAAGAUUUAAUUUUGAACAACAUCGCUGGUGAUAAAUACAUACAGGAAGAUCUUCUGGGGUUAAAAUUCCGGAUUUCACCUCAUGCUUUUUUCCAGGUGAACACAAAGGCAGCUGAAGUUCUGUAUUCAACUAUUCAGGAUUGGGCUGACAUCAGCCAGGAAACUACAGUGCUGGAUGUUUGCUGUGGGACUGGAUCAAUUGGCAUAUCUCUUGCACAGAAAGUGAAGAAAGUUAUCGGAGUCGAACUCUGCCAAGAAGCAGUUGAAGAUGCCAAAGCAAAUGCUCAGCUGAAUGGGUUGAUGAAUGUUGAAUUCCACUGUGGGAAAGCUGAGGAGCUUGUUCCUCACCUCGUGAACACGUUAGCGCUGCACAACACAGUUACAAUUGUGGAUCCUCCACGAGCAGGUCUACAUUCCAAAGUAAUCCUCGCAAUCCGAAAAGCCGAGCACUUGAAAAAGCUCCUUUACGUCUCCUGCAACCCUCGAGCUGCUAUGAACAACUUUGUGGACCUUUGUCGAGCGCCUUCUCAUCGCGUGAAGGGCAGCCCUUUCCGGGUUAUCAAAGCAACGGCGGUAGAUCUUUUCCCCCACACCAUGCACUGCGAGAUGCUUUUCUUCUUUGAAAGAAUAGAGUAUCCAGACAGCAAAGCAAGCAACACCCCUGCAGGCUCAGCGGAAAUUCCAGAUGUGAAACCAGCGGAGAUUCCAGAUGUGAGACCGGCGGAGAUGCCAGAUGUGGGAACGGUGGAGAUGCCAGAUGUGAAGUCCCAAGAGGCUGACACCACAGACACCCUCCUGAGAACAGCGAUGGGAUGUCCCAGUUAGCGGUUCUUGUGGUCCACCCAGCACAGAAAGGCCCUUGUGUUUUACUUCCUAGUCUUAAAAGGGUCUGUUGCUCCUCCCUUUCAUUACCCAGCCAGCUUCUGCUUAAAUUUUUGAAAAAGUGCCAAGUUGAAGUAGGUCAACAAUUUAAGGGGACUGUUGGAAGCAAAAGGCCUGAAGAUACAAUUUCAGACUACUUUUUUUUUUUUAUAAUGGCGCAUUUUUGAAAUCAUGGAGCAAAUGGGGAUGAGAGUUCUGUGUACUAAACGAAUUAAAGCCAUUGGGUGGCGUUUCGUGUUACCUUUCUUUCUUUGUUCCUAGCCUAUGGUCCAAGUUGUAUUUGCCACAAUCCAGGCAGUCCAGGAUGUACAACCAUAAUGGAGUCAGCCCAUCACGCGCAUCAUAUGGGUUGCAAAGAGAGUGACUAGGCGACAAAUAAGUCAAGAACUUCCUGCAUUAAAUUCUACUUCAUUCAAUUGCUGAAUCCCCUAGUUUUAAUAUGGUUUAAAGAACCACAAAAUGACAGAAUACUUAGAAAACAGGAAACACUUGAAGGCAGGGGUUCUAAACCUUUUCUAAACACCUCAGAGCCCUUUUAAAUACCGUUUGUGACCAUGGACGCCACAGGGCUCCCCAAGACUUAAGACGUAAAUAUUUUUCAAGCCUUCGCAAGACCUCCUGCAAUGACAUUGUGGUCUCCCAGGUGUCCGCAGACCAGAACCACUGCUUUAAGAGGGUCUCUCUCCUGCCCCAAGCAGAUACACUUUUAUUUAACUCUUCACUCACAUGGGAAACACAGAUGGAAGGAAAUUUGCUCUGCCCAUCACAUCACCCUCCUAGAUAGGAGAAAAUUAAGGCUGCAUGAUUCAUAACUGCUUCUCUUGGUGGUACAACUUUCAAAAAAAAAAAAAGCCGCAAUCUUCGGCUUGGUGCCAUGCAGGUGCCCUUCCAUUAAAGGAUUAGGGGAAAGGGGGGGACAAAUGGGCAAUAACACUGGAUGCAUUUGUGUAUGGAAGUUUGGGGAGGUUGAAGAAAAGAAGAUCCAUGUAGAACCGAUUGUUCAAGACCAUUUGCCCGAGAGUGGAAAGUUACCAGCCCAAACACCUCAGUGUUCCCAAAACAUCCCACCGGCAUCACGUUGGCUGGAUUUGGACUAGUCAUUGGGUGGGGGGUGGGGAGAUAGGACUGAAGGAAAUAG